UCCCAGGCCCCGCGGCAGCGGCAGCGGCGGCGGCGGCAGGAUGAUCAAGCUGUUCUCGCUGAAGCAGCAGAAGAAGGAGGAGGAGUCGGCGGGCGGCACCAAGGGCAGCAGCAAGAAGGCGUCGGCUGCGCAGCUGCGGAUCCAGAAGGACAUAAACGAGCUGAACCUGCCCAAGACGUGUGACAUCAGUUUCUCAGAUCCAGACGAUCUCCUCAACUUCAAGCUGGUUAUCUGUCCUGAUGAGGGCUUCUACAAGAGUGGGAAGUUUGUGUUCAGUUUUAAGGUGGGCCAGGGUUACCCACAUGACCCCCCCAAGGUGAAGUGUGAAACAAUGGUCUAUCACCCCAACAUUGACCUCGAGGGCAACGUCUGCCUCAACAUCCUCAGAGAGGACUGGAAGCCAGUCCUUACGAUAAACUCCAUAAUUUAUGGCCUGCAGUAUCUCUUCUUGGAGCCCAACCCUGAAGACCCACUGAACAAGGAGGCCGCCGAGGUCCUGCAGAACAACCGGCGGCUGUUUGAGCAGAAUGUGCAGCGCUCCAUGCGAGGUGGCUAUAUCGGCUCCACCUACUUUGAGCGCUGCCUGAAAUAGGGCUGGCGCACACCCACCCCUGCCAGGGCCACCAGCCCCGGCGUCCCCUGCAAAUAUUUAUUGGGGGCCACAGGUGGGGGGCAUGGGGUGGCCGGUGGGGGAAUCCCAUGCCCUGGCCUUGCCUCCCCUCCCUGCCACCCGCUCCUAGUUAUUUUUUUUAAAACCACCAUGUGAUUAAGGUCGGCGCUGCCUCCCCCCGACCCGCUCAGCGAUGGGAAAUGAAUUGGCUUGUCUAGCCCCCAGCUGGGUGCUGUCCAGCCCCCCACUCUGGGCUCUGGGGUGGGUGGCCAAGGGGACUGGGUGGCUGGGGCUUGGGAACCCCACCCCUCCACCACUGGAGGUCCCACCAGGCUAUUAAAGGGGAAUGUUACCGCAUG